AACAAAGAAAGUAAGAGAUAGAAAGAGAAAGAGAGUGAGUAGUGAUUCCGUGCCCCAAAAAUCUUUUAUACACACACUCUCUCUCUCUCUCUCUCUCUCUCUCUCCCCGUCCAUCACAAAUUCACAAAUCACAGUUCACAAUUCACAAUUCACACUACUGCUGCUACUACUACUACAACAAGCUUAGGUGACCCAUUUGGCUCAUAUAUCCUCGAUUUGAUCGUUGCUGUCUUCGUUGGUUUUUUUUUUUUUCUCUCUCUCUUAAUUCUUUUGCCAGUUAUAGCAGUGCAUCAGUGGCAGUGCAAGAAAAGAGAGGUAGAGAGUUUUCAUCGGGAAGGUAAAGCUUCAUUUGCACCCACUCUCUCUACCACUGAAUCUGAACCCACCGCCCCCCUUCUCUUCUUUCCUUGUAUAAACCCUCUUCUUGUGUAUGUACGUAUCUCUAUCUCUCUCUCUCUCUCUCUCUAUAUACGCAUCGCGUGCGCUCUGCGUAUGAGUUUCACUCUUUUCUUACUCUAUUCCCUUCUCUUCUAAAAGAGAGAAAGACAGAAAGAGAGUACUACUGCUACUACUAAUACUAACUAGGAGGGCCAAAAAAAAAAAAAAAAAAGAAAAAGAGAAAAAAGAAAAAAAAGAGUAUGUUAAUGGUAUUGUUGCUAUAUUCAAGAAAUACAAACACCCAUUUUUCAUUUUCCGAAGGAAAUUUUUAGGCAGAAGCAACCAGCUUUGCCUGCAGCUAGCAGAGGCAGAGAAAGACCCAGCAAAAGAGAGAAAGCCACCACCAUGACUACCACUAUCACUCUGUAUAAAAGCCUGUAACUUUGUAAGCAUAAAACCCGGGAGAGAUAGGCAGCAGCAGCAUCAUCGGCACAAGAUUGAGAUAUUAUUAUACACCACCCCAUCUUUUAAACCAAAAAGAUUGUCUCUGCCUAGGAAAGAUAACAAAAGAAAGAAAAAGAAAGAGAGGGUCUUCGGUCUUUUUUUUUUUUUUUUUUUUUAAUUUUUCUCAUAGAGCAAAUUCCAAGUGAAAAAUAGGAAUUUUUUAAGGAUAAGAUAGCGAGAGAAAGAGAUAGAAGAGAGGAGAGAGAGAGAGAGUGAGAGAGAGAGAGAGAGAUAAUGGAAGGUGUUUCUAAUGGCACUUCUUCUUGCAUGAUGUCUUUUGGAGAAAACACUAGUAAUGGAGAAGUAUGUCCAAUGAUGAUGAUGAUGCCUCUAAUGCCACCUUCCCAUCAUGAUCAUCAUCAACAUCAUCCUAUCAAUCCAAACACGAAUUGUCCAUAUCUUCCUAUUGCUACUACUACUUCCAUUAACAAUAUUAAUCAAGACCAAAACAAUAACCGCAAUACUAGUAGCAGCUCCUCUUUCGUUCUCGACCACAACAACAGCAGCAGCAGCAACCCAGCAGCUGGGUGUUAUUUCAUGGAGAACAACAACGACUGCAGCAAUUCUUCUGUCAAAGCUAAGAUCAUGGCUCAUCCUCACUACCAACGUCUCUUGGCUGCUUAUGUCAAUUGUCAAAAGGUAGGAGCGCCGCCUGAGGUGGUGGCUAGACUAGAAGAAGCUUGUGCAUCGGCGGCGACAAUGGGGCAUAUGAGCACCGGAAUGGGAUGUAUCGGCGAAGAUCCGGCUCUGGAUCAGUUCAUGGAGGCCUACUGCGAGAUGCUGACAAAGUACGAGCAAGAACUCUCAAAACCCUUCAAGGAAGCCAUGCUUUUCCUUCAAAGGAUCGACUGCCAAUUCAAGUCCCUCACUGUUUCUUCUGAUUCUGGUUGCGGAGAGGCAAUGGACAAGAAUGGAUCGUCUGAAGAAGAAGUGGAUGUGAAUAACAACUUCAUAGAUCCCCAAGCAGAAGACAGGGAACUAAAGGGCCAGCUUUUGCGCAAAUACAGUGGAUAUCUUGGCAGUUUGAAGCAGGAGUUCAUGAAGAAGAGAAAGAAAGGGAAACUGCCUAAAGAAGCCAGACAACAAUUACUGGAUUGGUGGAGCAGACAUUACAAAUGGCCAUAUCCAUCAGAGUCACAGAAGCUGGCUCUGGCAGAAUCAACGGGAUUGGACCAGAAGCAGAUAAACAACUGGUUCAUAAACCAGAGGAAGCGCCACUGGAAGCCUUCGGAGGAUAUGCAGUUUGUGGUGAUGGAUGCAACCCAUCCUCAUCACUAUUACAUGGACAAUGUUUUGGGAAAUCCUUUUCCGAUGGAUAUCUCUCCUGCACUGCUCUGAGACUUUCCAUCAUCAUCAUAAGAUGUAUGAUAGAUGCAAGGGCCCAUGCAUUCUAAUUAAUGUAUCUCUCCUGUUCUAUUCUUACCAACAGGGACUACUUUUAUAUAGAAUGAGUUUCUCCUUUUAUAUAAUAUGUAUACAUGUCCAUGUCAUGCACUAAUAUUUUAAGUAUGUGUAGGCUACUCAGUUUAUUAUAAUAAUAUAAAAAUCCCGACUUUAAUCA